GAAGAAGAAAAAGCUGCAGCGGGUAUCUCCUGAGCAGUUGAGUUAUUACACCGAACUAAUCAUCUCCAGAUUAAAUUAUUUCUGACAGUUUUACAGCUAGAUUUGAUCCAGUUUAAACGUAAAAGCUGGUUAUUUUGUCUGUGUUUGAGGAAUGAAAACUCCGUUCUGUUUUUAAACCCGAGUGUCCAAAGCCCAGGCUGACCCCCCACCCCUUCAACCUUUGCAGCAAUGCUGGCAGCACUAUUUCCCAAAGACAACCUCUGGAUAUGACGCUGAGCACGUGCACUCAACUUCUUCUUUGGUCGACCAUGGCGAGGCCUGUUCUGAGUGGAACCUGUCCUGUUAAACCGCUGUAUGGUCUUGGCCACCGUGCUGCAGCUCAGUGUCAGGGUCUUGUGCCCAAAGCCCGUGGUGGUGGCAGUGCAUGGCGUUUGUGUGGAAGCAGGAGUGGAUCUAAUCACAGCCUGUGAUAUUCGUCUGUGCACACAGGAUGCCUGGUUUCAGGUGAAGUCAAUGAUUGCUGGAGCUCUGGAAAUAGCAGGUGAGAUUGCAGGCCGGAGUCCCGUCUCUGUCCAGGGAACCAAAAUCAACCUCCUCUACUCCUGAGACCACAGUGUGACUGAGAGCCUAGACUACAUGGAGAACGAGAAACUCGGACACAACAGUACAUCCUGACCAUUGGUACUGUGUACACAUCAACAUACACACACGUCUCCAUGCUGGACAUCUCAGGAGCUUUCACACAGUGCUAGGAAUAUCCCGGGACAGAGAAACGCACCUUCUAAGUGAGCGAGUUUAGCGUCAACCGGUGAAAUUUGCUGUAGCGUGAACACUUCGCCUCUGUGAGCUUCACUCUCCGUAGGGUUCACUGUAAUUAGACAUAAAAUGUACAUAGUUUAUUUUUCAUGCAUUUAGGAUUUCAUGGUUUUUUUUUUUUUUUUUUUUUUACUCUUCGAGGAAAAGAAAUGAUAUUUCGAGGCAGCUUCUUCAUCACUACCUGCUCCGUUUGACUCAAAAAUGUAACGACCGGUUUCAAAAAGUCACGAUGUCUUCAGUUCAUGAGAUUUUACUGUUGAAUUUAAACAGGAAAUGUGAAAUUUUUUUCCCUUUGUUUCCUCUACUGUCUUUUUGCUGUGAUCUUGAACACAGUUGUAAUUUAAAAAAAAAAUAAUAAUAAAAAAAUGAUAAUUCUAGUUCUCUCACUUUCCUUGUCCUAAUUGUCCUGUAUCUGUUAAAUCCGUUUCAUCUCUGGUCUUUCUGUCUGUAUGAACACUUGUAGAAAUGACUUGUAGUCCAUAUUUUUAAAUGAUUCGUGAUUUUGAAUUUAAAUAAAGAUAUUCUUUAA